AUGACUCAAUAUCCCCAGACACAAGAUGCUAAUAUACCAUCGUCCACAUUACCAGUUAUUCAAACAAUUCUUCAACCUCCAAAUAUUCAAGAAAUUCCACAAAAUAUACAAGUAAAUAAUGAAGUUGUUCAACCAAAUUUUUCACAUAACAUUCCAUCAUCUCGUCCAUAUUCCUGUCAAUAUUUCUCUCAACCUUAUCAACCUCCUAUUAUUGUUGAUACUAAUAAUGCUGUUUAUGAUGGAAGAAAUCAAUCUGGGAAUAUGACGAUGAAUGGAAAUAAUAAUAUGGUUGGGUAUGGAAAUAAUAAUAUAGGUGGGUAUGGAAAUAAUAAUAUGGGUGGCACUGCACCGGGUUAUCAAGUUAAUAGUGCUUAUCAAACUAAUGUGGCUAAUGUUCAUCAAAAUGAUCCUGCUGCUGCAAAUAGUUAUGUGAUAAGUAGUGUUAAUAGUUAUGGUCAGAAUGAGUAUUAUGUUAUUAGGUAA